GCUUUGUGGGUGCAGACUCUCUCACAGUCGCCUACGCACCCCCCGCCGGGGCAGCGCUCUCUGAGGUGCCAGCUGUGGCGCAUGAUCCUGUGGGGACGGUUCCUGCAGGGCUGUCUCCCGAGAGCCCCGGGCCUGCACCUCGGGGCGUGGAGUGUGCACUGUGCUUGGUCCCAUCUCACAUUUUCCAAAGGGAUUCCUCCGUCCACAGCCUAGUCCAUACGUCCAGCAGCAGUAAGAGCUCUGGUCUCCGUCUCCCUGACCCUACUGUUGUCCGGAUUUAGAUGGUCACCAAUCUGACAUGUUAGGGAUGAACGAACCAACAACUACAAAUAUGUACCUGCCUCAUUUCCUCCACUGCCAAUGCCCACGCCAGGCCCUGCUUUGAAGCAUCUAGAAGGUUCCGAGUGCUGGCUUCCUCCAUGGUCCUUCCCACUCCUGCCUUACUGACAUGAACCACCCCAGGGCUGGGGGUCUGUCAGCGGUGCUGUGACAGGUGGGGCAACGGAGGCCCCAAGAGGGUCCUGCCAGCAUCUCAGAGAGGCAGUAACAGGGCCCUGGACCCCCUUCCUGGGAUCCCGUUGCUGAGAGACCCACCUUGGCACCCCAACUCCUCCCUCUCUAGGGCCCUCGGCAGCAUACAGCACAAGGGAGACCCCCGGGAAUGGGAGGGCAGGGGCACGGCUCCCAGGGGAGGCUAUUUCAGGCAAUCUGGGCCCCAGCCCCAGGCUCCGGGGCCUGGCCACACGUGACCCCCAGGAGGCCAAGGCGGCCUGAGCUGGGUUCACCCUCCAGAUGGAAGCUCUCGUUGCCACUGCCCUGACCCCUGGCACCGGCCACUGCCAGCGUCCUAUCUCACCCAUCUGUGCCUUCCUCCCAUCUGGGCACCAGCACCCUGGCUGCUGGGAGCCAACCCGGGUGAUGGACGACACAGUGCCCUCUCAAGGGACCCUCCGUCCCUCCCCCAGAGCUAUUCCUGGCCGAGGCGCCUCCCCACUCCCAGCCCCCACCUGGCCUGACCCCACAGCUGGGAACCAUUUGGCCGGGGGUGGGGCAGCCCUGCCUAUAUAAGCCUGGUCCUAGGUGUCCCAGGCACCCUGGAGGCCCAGACCCUCCACAGCUGACCUCUGCACACUCAGCCUGACCACAGCCAGCCCGGCAAUGACAGCGACCUCGCAGGCCCCUGACUAUGGUCCGGAGGAGCCCGCCCCCGAGGUGCCCAAGGUGCCCACAGAGCCCUCAGGAGAAGGGGCAGCAUUGAAGGCCUCAGGGGAGGAGCAGGCUCCAGCAGCAACCUCUGAGGCUCCUGCCCCCGCAGCCUCGCAGGCCCCUGACCAUGGUCCAGAGGAGCCCGCCUCCGAGGUGCCCACGGAGCCCACGGAGCCCACGGAGCCCUCAGGCGAAGGGGCAGCAUCGGAGCUCACAGGGGAGGAGCAGGCUCCCACAGCAACCCCUGAGGCACCUGCCCCCGAAGCCACUAAACCUGCACCUCGAAGUGAAGACGUGCCCAGUGUCCCGCUGCAGCUGACCAUCGAGGACGUGAGCGACUGCUCGGUGACCGUGAGCUGGGAGCCUCCGGAGAGGCUGGGGAGUCAGGGCCUCCAGGGCUACCUGCUGGAGCUUCGCAAGGAGGGAGCCUCGGAAUGGGUGCCCGUGAACGCCCGGCCCAUGAUGGUGACCCAGCAGACCGUGCGGAAACUGGCCCCGGGAGACAAGUUCUUCUUGCGCGUGGCUGCCGUGAGCCCUGCGGGAGCCGGCCCCCCCGCGACGCUGGACCAGCCCAUCCACAUCCGGGAGAUCAUCGAGGCUCCCAAGAUCCGUGUGCCCCGCCACCUGCGUCAGACCUACACCCGCCAGGUGGGAGAGACGGUCAACCUGCAGAUUCCCUUCCAGGGGAAUCCCAAGCCUCAAGUCUCGUGGACCCACAACGGCCAAGCUUUGGACAGCAAGAGAGUGAGCGUGCGCACCGGGGACCAGGACUCCAUCCUCUUCAUCCGCUCGGCCCAGCGCUCAGACUCAGGCUGCUAUGAGCUCACUGUGCGGCUGGAAACCCUGGAGGCCCGGGCAGCCAUCAACAUCUUGGUCAUUGAGAAGCCCAACCCGCCCAGCAGCAUCCGGCUAGUGGACGUCUGGGGCUGCAAUGUGGCCCUCGAGUGGACGCCGCCCCAGGACACCGGCAACACUGAGCUUCUGGGCUACACGGUGCAGAAGGCGGACAAGAAGACAGAGCAAUGGUUCACCGUGCUGGAGCGCUACCAUCCGACCUCCUGCACCAUCUCCGACCUCAUCGUGGGCAACUCGUACUCCUUCCGGGUCUUUUCGGAAAAUCUAUGUGGACUCAGCGACUCGCCCGCCAUCACCAAGGAGCUGGCCCACAUCCGGAAGAUAGAUAUUGUUGCCAAACUUAAAGGGUUUGUUGAGAGAGACUUCUCAGAAGCCCCUUCCUUCACCCAGCCCCUGGCUGAUCACACCACCACCUCCGGCUACAGCACCCAGCUCUCCUGCAGCGUGCGAGCAUCACCCAAGCCCAAGAUCAUCUGGAUGAAGAACAACAUGAACAUCCAGGGGGACCCCAAAUACCGCACCUUCUCUGAGCAAGGCGUCUACACCCUGGAGAUCCGGAAACCCAGCCCCUUUGAUUCUGGGGUCUACACCUGCAAGGCCGUCAACAUGCUGGGGGAGGCGUCUGUGGACUGCCGGCUGGAGGUCAAAGGUGAGGGCUGGAGGAGGGUCUCCUGAGGGACCUGCCAUGGGGGAGAACAGGAGAUGCACCUCUUCUCCUGCGAGACUAGCGGAGGCUGAGCCCUGAAAACCCGCAGGACGGGGCACUGCGAUCGCGGCGGGGCUGUCAGAACUGUCCACGCUCGGGAGGGUGGCCUAUAUGGGCAGAGGAGGAGGAGUGUCCGCCUGGGAGGUGGCCACGAGCUGCUCUGGUUUCUCCACCCCCAACCUGGUCCCCAGAGGACCCCCCAGCUCUAACCUGUGGGAUCUCUUCCAGCCUUAGCCACACACUGAGGAGCAUGGAGGAGGCUGUGAUGGAGACACAGGUAAAUGCUGGACCUGCUCCCGGGGCUGCAUCUGGGCAGGGGCGGGGCAGGUGAGAAGGGGAGGGGCAGUCAGCGUGGGCACAGCUCUGCAGUCACACAAUCCAGAGACGGGGGCAGCAGGCAGGCAGGGCAAUGCUGGUGGGGCCUGGGGGCGGUGACUUGGUGGAAGGUCCAGUCCUGGCUCUGAGUGACCUGGGACUGGGGUGCCCUCUUGGACCUGUUUCUCGUCAGAAAAGUGGGGCCCACAGCGCGUGCCCACCUUCUCUGUGAGGUGGUUCUUAGGUGCUGGACGGGGGGAAGUGGCAGAGCCCAGACGCGAGGAGGGAGAGAGGGCCUGCUUUCCCUGCCCUCCUCACCCCUCAGCCCAGUUUACCAAGACCAGGGUCAUGGAACGUGUUCUCUGCCAGGUGCUGUGGGCCUGAGGGGUCAGGGCCGCCAGGCCCAUAUCCGGCGCCAUGAGUCUCCAGACCCCUCUCUGUUGUGAUGACGGACAGACAGCUCUGCUCCCUGGCCCCAGCCUCACCUCCCUCCACCCGAGGCUGCGGCCCAGUGCCCAGGAGUGGGCCUGGCAGCCCCCGGGACAGGAUGACUGGGCACAAAGCCCUGGACGGAGCAAAGAUUGCUGUGCCCUGCAAAGAGCUGCAUGCUGGGCAAGAACCAGUCCAAUAAAGGUGCAUGUGUACCGCC